GUGUGUUGGGGAUCUGGGCAGUCAGAUUCUGGUUUGGUGAGUUUCAGGAGCAGGCGGUGUGUACACCAUACACAAGAUCGAAAGAGAGAGAGAGAGAGAGAGAGAGAGAGGGACGGGAAGAGAAUGAAAAGAGAAGACUAAACACUUGUGAGGAAGUAUUUGGAGGGUGUAGGUGACGAACGGCGUGAGCUCCAGCUCCAGCAGCUCCAGCAGCAACUUCACUCAACAUCAUGCAACCUUGGCUGGAGUGACGCGUCAGCUAUGGUGUGCUACAGGAGGCGCAUUGACAGCAAACCAGAGGCCCGGAGAAAAACCUUGACAGACAGCCGCGCAAAAGGAGGAGAGGAAGAGAGGAAGGGAAGAUGAGAAAGUGACAAGCUGGAUCGUUGCUUUUUAGAAGAACCUACAGCGGCGACACAGUGACUACACGUCCCAUCAUCCUACAGGCCCCAGAUCUGAUUGGAUGGUUUUGUCAGAAUGACAGCUGAAGAUCCUGCUUCCUCCUCGACCAUGAGCAAUAACACAGCCCCCUCCAAACCGUCUGGUGCCUCCCACCACUCUCUUCAUGGACAAAUCAGCAUCCCCGAGGGAGUUGCAGGUGCUCCCAAUGAGGCUGCACUGGUGGCCCUGAUGGAGCGCACUGGCUACGGUAUGGUGCAAGAAAACGGUCAGCGUAAAUAUGGCCCUCCUCCUGGUUGGAAUGGUGCAUCUCCGCCACGGGGAUGCGAAAUCUUUGUGGGCAAGAUCCCACGAGACGUUUAUGAGGAUGAGCUGGUCCCAGUGUUUGAGUCCGUAGGACGCAUCUAUGAGAUGCGACUGAUGAUGGACUUUGACGGGAAGAACCGAGGGUAUGCAUUUGUGAUGUAUACAGAGAAACACGAGGCCAAGAGGGCUGUACGCGAGCUCAACAACUAUGAGGUGCGACCCGGGCGGCUGCUGGGCGUCUGCUCCUCUGUGGACAACUGCCGUCUUUUCAUUGGUGGCAUCCCCAAGACCAAAAAGCGUGAGGAGAUCCUGGAGGAGGUCUCCAAGGUGACAGAAGGGGUGCUAGACGUGAUAGUUUAUGCCAGUGCCGCAGACAAGAUGAAGAACCGAGGCUUUGCCUUUGUAGAGUAUGAGUCACACCGCGCAGCUGCCAUGGCUCGCAGGAAGUUGAUGCCUGGACGCAUUCAGCUUUGGGGCCACCAGAUCGCAGUGGACUGGGCUGAGCCAGAGAUUGAUGUGGACGAAGACGUUAUGGAGACAGUGAAGAUCCUCUACGUCAGGAAUCUUAUGAUGGAGACCAGUGAGGAGACAAUCAGACAGGUGUUCAGCCAGUGGAAUCCUGGAUGUGUUGAGCGUGUGAAGAAAAUCCGCGAUUACGCCUUCGUCCACUUUAAUUCCCGGGAUGAUGCCGUCCUGGCCAUGGACCAUCUCAAUGGCACAGAAGUGGAAGGUUCAUGCAUCGAGGUCACACUUGCCAAGCCAGUUGACAAAGAGCAGUACUCACGCCAGAAGGCCUCCAAGGGGGCUUCUGCCACUCCAGAGGCUACUCAGCAGAACUACGUUUACCAAUGUGAUCCCUACACAUUGGCCUACUACGGUUAUCCCUACAGCACCCUCAUUGGACCCAACAGGGAAUACUUCGUCAAAGGAUCCCCAAUGAUACAGAACAAUGCAGGUACUGCGCGAGGUCGUGGUCGUGCUGCUACAGGUAACCGUACCCCUGGACCACGGGGGUCAUACCUGGGGGGUUACUCUGCCGGUCGUGGCAUCUACAGCCGCUACCACGAGGGCAAGACCAAGCAGUCCGAAAAGUCCUAUGAACUGAUGCCCAGUCUGGAGCUCGCAGCCUCUGUCAACCCCGUUGGCAUCAAACCUGGCACAAUGGCAUUGCCGACUCUGAGUGGGCAGUACCCAGUGUUCAGUGCGGCUCCUGCAGCCAAACUGAUGGAGGAAGGGAAGGUGCACACGGUGGAGCAUCUUAUCAACCCUCUGGCAAUGCAACACCCUGAACACACCACCGCUACUGCUGCUGCCGCUGCCACCGUCCUACCUGCGGUCUCUACCCCUCCACCUUUUCAGGGCCGUCCAAUCACUCCCGUGUAUGCCAUGGCCCACAACGUCCAGCGUAUCCAACCAGCCGGCGGCCUGUAUGGAGCCGGUUACGUCCCCAUCACAAACUACGCUGCCAACACAGCUGCUCUGGCCGCUUUGCAGAAGAAUGCAGCAGUGGCAGCUGCAUAUAGUGGAUACACAGGCUACGCCGUGCCACAGGCCUUCCCCGCCACAGCCUUCCAGCUGCCAAUCCACGAUGUCUACCAGACAUAUUGAUUGCGAGGGUCAGACCACGUGAAACGCCGACAACCUGCCCGUGACUGAACGUCUGUCCCGUCAUAUAGACGCAUUUGUAAACUCGUGAACGUCUAAAAGCUCUAAAGGAAUGUCGUUUGAAGCAAAUAUUUAGAAAACAGACAGUGAAACAAUGACAACCUGACAUCUCAUAUCUGUCCCACCUACUGGCCUCUGUAUAACCUGGACCCCAUGACAGGCUUUAUGCAGCAUCACUGUAAAUUACAACACAUACAGAAGGAGACCUUUCUGUAUGUCGUGACCCCUCCAACAACAAGCAUUACUCUACGAAUAUCAAAAAGUCACAGCUCCCAUCUCGCUGUUUUGCUCUCUUUGACCCCUGCCACCCUGUUGCUGCGGCAACAGAAACACUGAAGGUACAUUUAAGUAUUUAUGAAGAAAACAUACAUAUUUAAAGUUUUAUUCUCUGUAGCUUUCUCUUAUUAUCCGGGGUAUUAUUUGUUCCAUGAAGCAGGAGAGAUAGACCUUCAUAUCAUGUCUAAAAACUGUUUUAAGAAGAAUUAGAAAAUGUAAUUGAAAGAAAGUAAAACAGGAACUACUGACAAAGAGAUGAUAUCACUGAAGAAAACUGUUGUUUUUUGUUUUUUUUUUAGUAUUUUUUCCAGUAAUAUAUAGUAUUCUAGCCAAUUCUACAUGCUGUAGGUGAUGCUGUCCGUCCAUGCUGGUUGAAUGUGUAUGCUUCAAAUAUGCCUUUGUGGUACUUUUAUGGUUUUAUUUAGUUUCAUUUGUGUGUUUUUUUUGUUGUUGGUUGUUUUAAAUGAAGGUUCUAAGUGUUUGUGUUUAUUUUGCCUAUAAUUCCUGUAACUUUUGGAAACGUAUAUCUUGGUUUGUCUGAAGAAACGUUGUCCGCUAAAUAAUAUUGUGACAGAUUUUUUGGGGGGGAACAAAUACUAGAGAAUGGAAACUGGAAAGCUUUUAUUGAUAACGGGCAACGUGGUUUAUCUAGAAACCUGAGAGACGGCGACAUCGUGUACGCUGAGAUGUUUUCAAUCCUCAGAAACUGCGCUGACAGGGGACUAAGACUGAACACGUGUUAGUUGUUUUGUUUGUCAUUUAUGUAUAUCUUUAUUAUUGUUUUUUUUUUAUUGUUUGACUUUUGAAAGGUGAACAAAUGCGGACAGAAAUGCGAGACAUUUUUCUAUAUGGACAGGAGCGCUCUGUCACUUAAAGAGCUCCUGCAUUUGCCAGUGCUAACCAAAAAGAAACAUAAAGCUACAAACACUCCAGUUUUAUGAUAUUAGAAAGAUUGUGCCUGACUACAGUGCCUUACAUCUGCAUAACCUCUGUGCUACUCUAUGCUUUUCACUGUGCCUUUCAUAACAAAGCCCCUAUAGCUGGCACAAAGAGGAAAAGACUCACAUGAGUUUCCUCCAUUCAUAUUUCAUAAGAACCAAAUUUGUGGUAUUACUGUAUUGUGGUGAGAGUCGAGACGAGUAGGUUUCCGUCUCUGCAGUCAGAUGUGCCAAGGCUACCUCUCUCCUGUAGUCUCUUUUCUGAAUGCUCCUGUGGUAACACUCCGUAUAGGUCUGUCUCCUCUUCAUUUCUCGUCCUCCAAACUGUGCUUGACCGAGGUGCACUUAAAAAAAAAAACGUAUUUAUAAAAGGCAAGAGAUUGCGACUUUCAGAUGAAGAGAUAUUAAAUACAGAGUGUUGAAUUCAUAUGUGCACAUGAACUGGGCAAGUUUCAAUGUCUGUAUGUUUGACAGAGUUUUUCCUUUGCGGAUAAAGUAUAAAAAAACAAAACAUAAAAUAACCCUGGUGAUUGUUUAGUACGCACUUUUUAAACUCUGCGGUGUGUUGAAAACAAGUGUAAUAUUGGACUGGGAAUAACUGGAGCAAUACCUCAUGCUGAAAUAUACAAGUAGCCAUGCAUGUAUGUACCACGAAAACAUGCACACAAACAUAUUGGAUGCAAGCAGCUGCUGAGUCACACUCCACAACAGCCAUCUUUAUACAAGAGCAUGCAAAAAACAUUUUUGUUUAUGCUGGCUUGCAUUUGUAAAACAAACAAUUUUUUUUUGUAUUCACUGUGUAUUCUCAGAUUUUUUAUUGCAUUUUACCCAUAAAACAAUAUGAUGUUUGCUUUUUUUCUUGAGAUUGUGAGUAAGAACUGGUCCAAGAAGCAAAAAGAAAAAAAAGAUCCUUCAUCCACGGCAAACAAGACGUAUUUGUUUUAAAUCUCAUCUCACUCCAUCGCCUUACAUUUGGAUACUGCUUUUAUUAUUUUUCUUUUAUGAUGACAAUAUGUCAGGAUAUAUUUAAUAUAUGCAUUACAUGUGUUGUGUAUGAAGUAAGAAGGUAUAAUAUAUUCUAAAACAUAUUUCUUCUCUUUAUUUACACUUUGUUUAGGGAUAAAAAAAAAAGUCAGAGUAACAAAAGUAGAAACAUUUUUUUUGUUUGUUCAUGUUUUUUUUUUUUUGCCAAAGUGUCCAAUAGUUUUUAAAAAUUCAAGGUUAUCGUGUUAUUUUUUUCUUUUUGCUAUGUGUAAUAUUCUGUUUGCUAUUUUGAACUGGCUUUGGUGUUAUGAGUGGGAACACAAAGGCCUUCUCGUUCAGCUACAUUUUUAUCAGUUAUGACAGUAAAGAGUAAAACUGGUCCAUUGUGUGUGUGUGUGUGUGUGUGUGUGUGUGUGUGUGUUACAAUCCACCGGCGCUUUGAGCUGCCAGUGUUGCAACUCCGCAGGUCAGUUCUGGCCACUGUUAAAGGUUUAAUCAUGAUCUAACAGCCAUCCAAACCUUGUGGUUCUGUCUCCCACUCAAAACACCUGCUUUACUUUCUAUUGCCUGCAUUUCACCCACACUACGAGCAGCAGGAUGAACUCCUCCUGCUCCUUGUGUCAGUGGAGUGAAGCUACAUAUGCCUAGUUUAACAUAGGUGUUACCAUUUAAACUCUUCCUAGUGUUGUGCCUUAUUGCCAAGAUGUGCCCUUUGCUAUACCUUUGUAGAUCUUUGCAGACUGUUUUCUAUCUGAAGGUUUGUUUUAAAAAAAAAAGAAGAAAAAAAAAGAAGCUUGUUCGGUCUUGUUAUAUUUAUAGCGAUAAAGUAGAUAAAUAAAGCAUUUUCAAAAGGA